AGCUCCGAAACUGAUCAACCUUGUUACAUACUAUAUAGUUUGUUUUGGGAUCGAUCAAAGGGUGGUGUAAGUGCAGAGAGAGGUCGAGCAGAAUGGCUGCAGGAACUGGGAUUGUGGAGAAGUUGGAGGCAGAAUUGGAGAUCAAGGCUUCUGCUGACCAUUUUCAUGACAUCUUAAGCUCUAAACCUCACCACCUAUCCAACGUCUGUCCUGAAAAAGUUCAGAGUUGUGAUAUCCAUGAGGGUGAAUGGGGCAAGGAGAGCUCUGUUAUCUACUGGAAGUACGUCCUUGACGGGAAAGCUUGUGUGGCGAAACAAAUAGUAGAAGUCAUAGACAGUGAGAAGAACUCAAUAACAUGGAAAGUGAUAGAGGGAGAAUUGCUAGAGGACUACAAGAGCUUCAAGCUCAUUGUUCAAGCUACCCCGAAGGGUGAGACUACGUUGGUAAAAUGGACCCUCGAAUUUGAGAAGCUGAAGGAACGACCUGAGCCCAAAAAAGAGUUAGACUUCUUGAUUCAUCUCACAAAAGAUAUUGAAGACCACCUUGUUAAAGCUUAAGAUAUAUAUAUUAUUAAGUAUUGUUCCAUAAUUCUAAGUUUUGCAUGUAUAAUAAAGUAGUGUUUGGGAUGUUGAUUCUAAAUUUGAAAUUUGUAUUAAGCCAAAUUAAAAAUACUAUGUAAGGGUUUAGGAAGGUUUCUUGUAUUAAUUUGCUCCCUUGUAUGGUAUCCGCCCAUCCAUAAUUAAGUAUCAUGUAUUUUGCUAGUAACGUGAGCAUGGGUUGGCUGCAAUCUGUAUUUGGUGAGGUGAGGUAAUUAUUAAUAGCUAUUAAAUGUGGGCUAGCCUGCUGUGUGGAUGAGAAGACGAAUCUUUCAAUAGAGAUUUAUGAUGUUGUAUGUCUAA